UGUUUGCACUCUGCUUUCUUGCAGAUUGAUGCUCAUUUUGGUAGUGUAAAUGAUUUAGCAUUCUCACACCCAAAUAAGCAAUUAUGUGUUGUAACUUGUGGAAAUGAUAAGUUAGUCAAGGUAUGGGAUUUGGCUGGAAGAAUUCUUUUUUGCUUUGAAGGUCAUGAAGCACCUGUUUAUUCUAUUUGUCCUCACCACAAGGAAAAUAUUCAGUUUAUAUUUUCAACAGCUAUUGAUGGGAAAAUUAAGGCUUGGUUGUAUGACAAUGUGGGCUCAAGAGUUGACUAUGAUGCUCCUGGACAGUGGUGCACCAGAAUGCUCUACAGUGCUGAUGGAAGCAGAUUGUUCUCUUGUGGGACGAGUAAAGAUGGGGACUCUUUCCUAGUUGAAUGGAAUGAGAGUGAAGGAGCAAUAAAGAGGACAUAUUCUGGGUUUAGAAAGAAGUCUAAUGGUGUUGUGCAAUUUGACACAACAAAAAAUCACUUUUUGGCUGCUGGUGAAGAUAACCAGAUAAAGUUUUGGGAUAUGGACAGUAAUAAUGUUAUCACUAGUAUAGAAGCUGAUGGCGGGCUUCCCGGUCUUCCUUGCUUGAGAUUCAAUAAGGAGGGAAAUCUGCUUGUUGUUACUACGGCAGACAAUGGGUUCAAGAUUCUUGCAAAUGCAGAUGGUAUCAGAACCUUGAGAGCAAUUCAAGCUCGAUCAUAUGAAGCAUCCAGAGCACCUACUGAGAUGAAGGUAUUUAGAUCUGCAAUGGUUGGAAACAUCAAUCCGGUCAUUGCUAAAGUGGAAUGCGUAGACAGAAGCUCUCCUGCAAGGCCUACUCCCAUCCUUAAUGGAAUUGAUCCGAUCAGUAGAAGCGUAGAAAGGCAAAAAAGUUUAGAUGAUGUAUCUGAUAAAACCAAAGCUUGGGAGCUCGUUGAAAUUGUUGAACCUGUUCAGUGUCGAGCAAUUACCAUGCCAGAUAGUACAGAUCCAGAUAACAAGGUUGCUCGACUUCUUUAUACAAAUUCUGGUUUUGGCAUUCUUGCGCUUGGUUUUAAUGGAGUCCAGAAGCUAUGGAAGUGGAGCCGUAAUGAACAAAACCCAAGUGGAAAGGCCACUGCCAGCAUUGUUCCACAACAUUGGCUACCAAACACCGGUCUUGUUAUGACUAAUGAUGUCCCAGAGAAUUAUGAAGAGGCAGUUCCGUGCAUAGCACUCUCAAAGAAUGAUUCCUAUGUAAUGUCUGCCUGUGGGGGAAAAGUUUCACUGUUCAAUAUGAUGACUUUUAAGGUAAUGACUACUUUUAUGGCACCUCCACCUGCCUCAACCUUCCUUGCUUUUCAUCCCCAAGAUAAUAACAUCUUAGCAAUUGGAAUGGAAGACUCAACCAUUCACAUCUACAAUGUUAGGGUGGAUGAGGUCAAAACAAAAUUGAAAGGUCACCAGAAGCGUAUUACUGGUUUAGCUUUUUCCUCCAACCUUAAUGUCCUGGUUUCAACAGGUGCUGAUGCCCAGAUUUGCUUUUGGAACACUGAAUCUUGGGAGAAGAGGAAAUCAAUUACAAUUCAACUACCUGCGGGAAGGAUGCCUGUUGGUGACACUCGUGUGCAGUUCCACUCUGAUCAAGUCCACAUGUUGGUGUGCCAUGAGACUCAGCUAGCAGUCUAUGAUGCUUCCAAGAUGGAACGAAUUCGGCAGUGGGUACCACAAGAUGUAUUAUCUGCACCCAUAUCGUGUGCCACAUAUUCCUGCAACAGCCAACUAGUUUAUGCUUCUUUUGCUGAUGGUAACAUUGGAGUAUUUGAUGCUGAUAAUCUGAGAUUAAGAUGUCGUAUUGCCCCAUCCGCAUACCUAUCCCAGGCAUCGUCCAACAGCCAAACUCUAUCCCCGCUAGUUGUUACUGCACACCCACAGGAGCCAAAUCAAUUGGCUGUUGGGAUGACAGAUGGAUCUGUUAAAGUUAUAGAGCCCUUGGAAUUAGAGGGGAAGUGGGGAGUCGCAGUGCCUGUUGAUAAUGGAAUGCAGAAUGGUAGGACAGCUUCACCUUCCAUCGCCAACAAUCCUGCUUCAGAGCAGCUUCAAAGAUGAAAAACAUGUGCAUUACAAAAUCUUAAUUGAUAGUUUAUUCGUGUAUAAUAGAUGACUAGUACAUUGGCUUUUCAUAGAUGCCUCACCAAAUGCGUGAGCAUAGGAAAAUGGAUUACAGCUGGUUAAAUUUGUGAAUAUUAGAUAUUAUUUUCUCUGACAGUAGUGACAUUUAUUUAUUUCUUGAAAGGUUUAGUUAAUUCUC